AUGAGUAAAAUUCAUGAUUUAACCGUGACUCUUUACAAACCUGAUCUAACUUAUGCAGAAAUGGAUGGAAUGGCUUCUCUACGGUACGACAAAAAUGAAUGUCGGAUUAACAAAAGCCUUUCAAAGUUUCUCAUAGUCAUUCCAGCCAAAGAUCGUCGACAAGAUCUCCUCCAAUUUCUUCUAUAUAUGCCUUCUUACUUUUGCUUCCAAGGUGCAAGUAUGGAUAUAUUGGUGGUUGAACAAAGGUCAAAUGGGUCAUUCAACAAAGGCCUUCUAUUCAAUGCCGCUAUUCGUGAAGUGGACAGGGCAAACAGUGGUUCGAAUCCUCAUGACAGAUUAGCAGGAUAUGAUUGUUUUGCAUUUCAUGACAUAGACAAGUUGCCGGUUUAUCCUAAUGUACCCUACAUCUGUAAGUCUGGACCUCAUUGUUUGAUGACAGAAAGGAGGUAUGAAAGCGGGUUUCGGAUAUCUUAUUCCACAUUUCUUGGAGGAAUCGUAAUGUUUACAAGAAAACAACUUGAGAAGAUGAAUGGAGCCUCAAAUUCUUUUCUGAAUUGGGGUGGAGAAGAUGACGAUUUGUGGAAUCGAGCAAAGAUAGUCAACUUGACGGUGUAUCGACCAAAGCAAGAGGAGGGUGUAUACUAUGAGUUCGACAUUGACCACAAGAGGAUUAUGAAUCCAGAUCGUUUUGACCUUCUGGCGAAUAGAAACAAUUACAAAAGUAUGAUGGAUGAUGGUUUAAGACAAGCUAAUUAUAAGCUUGUGGAACGUGUGGAUUACAAUAAUUUCGUCUGGCUUAACACUAUUAAAGAUACACUCUUACUGGCCGAUGUUCUAAUAAAUUCCGGUCAAUAUCACCGAGCGAUUGAUUUAUUGAAUCGAAAUGAGAAACUCAGGGAAAGUUAUUAUGGUCGAUUUUUAAUCGCCCAAUGUUAUUUUAAAUGUCAUGGAUUUGUUGAAGCCCUCAAUGUGCUAGAUAACAUGGAGGCAAAUCAGCGCAGCGGUCUUCGAUUUUCUUCUGGCGCAUUUAUUCAUUUUCCAAAUCCUAAAGGUCAACUCGAUCUUACAGCAAGCGUUCUGGACCAUACUUAUCUUCCUGAAGGCGUCAGUGUGUCUAUGCUCACUAGUAGUGUUAGUCUUCUUCGAGGCCAUGUUCAUGUAGCGCUCAACAAUAUUGCAUUAGCUAUUGUUAAUUACAAGGAAGCUUUUCGACAAGAUCCUUUCUGUUUUGAAGCUUUGGAGCGGUUGCAAAGCCUUGAAGCCAUGUGUGAGGAUGAUCAAAAACAAAUCUCAAAGCUCGAUUUAGUAGGAUUCUCUCCUGAGAUGACAUCACUUGUCGAGGCUAUUUAUAUGCGCAAACAUCCCGAAGACUUUCCCACUAACAUUCCUUGUGGUUUGGAGCCACUGAAAGAGAGUUUUGAAGUUAUUCUUAAUCUGGCCGAGUUCUAUCUCUCUAUAAACCAUUAUAAAAAAGUCUAUGAAAUUACUUCUCGUAUUCUUGAAGAUGAUCCUUUGAAUCCCGAGUGCCUUCCUAUCCAUAUUUCUAUUCUGAAGAUGUUGGAUAAAACGAAUGACCUCUUUGCUCUUGCAAACCAAUUGGUCAGCAUCUAUCCCAAAUCGGCUAUUGCUUGGUUUGCUACGGGUACCUACUGCCUUUCCACUAGGAAACAUGAUCUCGCCAAACGUCAUCUUAGGAAAGCAACACACGAGGAUCGACGUUUUGGUUAUGCCUGGUUAGCCCUGGGCCAUGCCCAUGCAGCAGAUAACGAGCAUGAUCAAGCUAUUGCUGCUUACUGUACCGCCGCUCAGGUUAUACGAACUUCUCACAUUCCAAUGUUGUAUAUCGGUGUGGAGUAUGGGAGAAGUGGUAAUAAGAAGCUUGCUGAACGUUUUUUAAAGCACACCUUGUCCCUCGCACCGAAUGAUCCAGCUGUUCUUCAUGAGCUUGGAACCUUGAACUAUGAAUUCACAAAUUUUGAUACUGCAUUGAAGUAUCUGCAGGCGGCGUACAAAAGCGCCUGUGCACUCAGUGGUCAAGUCCUGGCGCCCUACUGGGAACCACUUCUCAACAAUUUGGCCUUCACCUAUCGGCAACUUGGACAACUUGAUGAGGCACUAGAAAUGCACAAGGCCGCUCUAAAGUUGGUUGAAAACUCUCCGCGAACUUUGGAGGCUAUGGCAUUAGUCUACGCUCAACAGGGUCACUUUGGUCAAGCGAUCCGUGCCCUUCAGACGGCUUUGCCACUUCAUGCCUCGCGGGUGCAAGCCACCAUCACUGUUGACCUCCUCAACUUCUGUCACAGGAUGUAUGCGAGGCAGCUGGAGACCGUUUUUCUCCCUGACUACCCUCUUGGUCCCACUUCUGCCACAAAUGCUGCCGAUGCUGCCGCUCGAUGUACCAAUGAAGAGGACAAAGAAGAAUUCGCUGUUGGAAGGGAUAUAACUGAAAUGCCUCCAAAAGAGAGAUUUCAAUUACUAAAUCCAUCAUUGUCCUCUGGUCCUCCCCAGGGCGUUCCCAAUAUUCGAGAGGACCUCGACAUCGCUCGUGUUUCUGCUGCUCCAUCGCAGUCUAUAAAUCAACCGCCACCUGAAAGGCAAUCGAAUCCCGCGGAUAGUGUAGAAGAAGUCUCUAUGGAAAUGGAAUAG